UUUGACCCGUUGGUCAACAACCUCUCAGAGACUCUCACCAGACACACUGAAGAGGACUCUGUUCUGGUCCUGAGGUUCUGUGGUCCUGAGCUUCUGGUUCUGUGGUCCUGAGGUUCUGGUUCUGUGGUCCUGAGGUUUUGGUUCUGUGGUUCUGAGGUUAUCCUGUUGGGGAGACCAUGGAGAUGACGCGACUGCAUCCAGCCGCGGUCCUGCUGCUGGUUCUGCUGCACAGCGGCCUGGCAGAGGAAGUUUUCCUCCACAGCCGACUGGCCAAUCAGCUGCUGGUCAGGAACCCGCGAGCCAAUCAGAUCUUUGAAGAGCUAAAACCAGGAAACCUGGAGAGAGAAUGUGUUGAAGAAAUCUGCGACCACGAAGAAGUCCGGGAGGUGUUCGAGCAGCCGGACACCACGGAGACCUUCUGGGUGAAGUAUCAGGACUGUAGAGGACUCCAGAUGACCAGAACAGGACCCAACAUCAACAUUGUGAGACAAUGUUUAGAAGGUCAGUGUAUCUCUGGAUCAGGACUGAGCUAUGAAGGAAACAUCAACAUCACCCAAUCAGGAAGGACGUGUCAGGCCUGGAGCAGCAGCUACCCACAUCCCAUAAUACGGGAGUUCAACGCUUCAGAACCAAACAGCGUUCUGCAGAAGAACUUCUGCCGGAACCCGGACCGCCGGCCAGAGGGACCCUGGUGCUUCACCAAGGACCCCACAGUCCAGAAGGAGACCUGCAAAGUCCCCACAUGUGGUCAGGACUUUGUUCCGGCCACCGCGGCGCCGACCCGAGCCCCGUCGGGCGAGUGCUUGGCCAACUCGGGCCUGGACUAUGUGGGCGAGCUGGAGGUCACUCUGGGGGGCCACCGCUGCCUGCGCUGGUCCUCUCCGGAGGUCCAGAGCCUCCGCGAGGACAAGGACUUCAUCCCAGAGGUCGACCUGCCGGGGAACAAGUGCCGCAACCCGGACCACGACCCGGAGGGGCCCUGGUGCUACGUGGAGGUGGCCGGAAACCUGACCAUGGACUACUGCGACCUGGAGCUGUGCGAGGACUCUCUGGUCCAGGAGUUCCUGACCUCGGGGACAGAAGGACGCUCCGUCCUCAAACCCGCCAGGAGAACCUUCUUCAAUCCUCGGACCUUCGGACAGGGAGAGAGCGUGUGUGGCGAGCGGCCGUUGUUUGAGAAGCAGAACAAAAAGGACGCAAAUGAAGACGAGCUGCUGGAGUCGUACCGCGAGAGUCGGAUCGUUGGCGGGAAAGAUGCCGAAGUGGCUUCAGCGCCGUGGCAGGUGAUGCUGUACAAGCGGAGUCCUCAGGAGCUGCUGUGCGGCGCCAGCCUCAUCAGUGACCAGUGGAUCCUGACCGCCGCCCACUGCAUCCUGUACCCGCCCUGGAACAAGAACUUCACGGCCGAGGACAUCCUGGUGCGCCUGGGGAAGCACAACCGGGCCAAGUUCGAGCGCGGCACCGAGAAGAUCGUGGCAAUCAGCGAGAUCAUCGUGCACCCCAAGUACAACUGGAAGGAGAACCUGAACCGGGACAUCGCGCUGCUGCACCUGAGGCGGCCGGUGGUCUUCACCAAUGAGAUCCACCCCAUCUGCCUCCCCACCAAGAAGGUGGCCUUGACUCUGAUGAACGAAGGCUACAAAGGGCGAGUGACCGGCUGGGGGAACCUGAAGGAGACCUGGAACCCCUCCGCCAGGAAUCUCCCCGUCGUGCUCCAGCAAGUCCACCUCCCCAUCGUAGACCAGGACACCUGCCACAUGUCCACGUCGGUCAAGGUCACCAACAACAUGUUCUGUGCUGGUUAUAAACCAGAGGACGCCAAGAGUGGAGACGCCUGUGAGGGAGACAGCGGCGGCCCGUUCGUGAUGAAGUACCCGGCCGAGGACCGCUGGUACCAGAUGGGCAUCGUGUCGUGGGGCGAAGGCUGCGACCGCGACGGGAAGUACGGCUUCUACACACACCUGUUCAGGAUGAACCGCUGGAUGAGGAAGAUGAUCGACCACGCGGGGAGCAGCUCCCCAUGAGGUCAAUAAAGACAAGCCUGGAGGCGGAGCUUA